UUCGACUAAAAAUUUUUUUUUGUAGAUAAAAGUCAAGAAAAAACUAAAAUUUCUUAGAAAAAAACCAAUAAUUAAACAUAAAUCCUUAAAAAUAUGGUAAAACAGUGUUAAAUAUAUAAAAUAAAUAAUAGUAACUGUGUAAAAUAUAUAAAGAAUAGAUAUUUUAAAACAAUUAUAAUUAUGAAAACAGCCUGUAACCAGCAACGUUAACACGAUUAACUACGACAACCAUUACAAAUACGACGAAAAUAGAAAUAUACAAAAAAUAAAAAAGCAGCAGCUUAAACUUUUUAAAGGGAAAAAUUUAAUAAAAUGUUUAAAUUAAAAAUUUGUAUUUUUCUGUUUAAUAUAUUGCAAAUGUAGAGAAUUAAACUAAAGUAAAAUUUAAUAAAAUUGGUAUUUUAAAUUAUUAAUUAAGUUAUUAAGAACAUUUUGCUACUUUUAUUUUUAAAGCAGCGACGUUGGCGUUGUAUACUUAAAGUGAAAACAACAACAACAUAAUACCACCACCAUAAAUAAAUAAAAAAAAACAAUACAACAGCAACAACAAUUUGGUCAUAUGAAACGUCAGCGUAAAACAGAUGAUGCUGCUCUAGUAUAAAAAGAAAAUUCGUUGUCUCGAACGUGUUUAUUUGAAUAGUGUAUUACAACACCAUUUAAAUGUAAAAGCACAAUAAGACAUUACAAACAAUUAGUUAACAAGAGUUUCGUUUCACGUUUUUAAUUUUCUACGUCACCACCAACACAACAUCUACCACAACAUUACAACAACAGCAACAAUAAUAAUAAUAUUAACACGGUUUUAAAAAAAACUGCCAAUAAUAACUAACGGAGAGUCCAUUAAAAGAGAACCAGCCGAACGAGUAAGUUUUACACACACACAUAAUUUAGAAAAGAAAAUUGAAGAAAACAAGAGACAGACUGCUAAAACAACAAAAAAGUACCAAAGCCCAAUGUCUAAUAAAAUAAAUCCUAAACGACGUGAAACACCAACUGGUACGGCUACAGGCAACACAAGUACUAGCAACACCUCAGCCAAUACAUCAUCAUCGUCUAGCUCAUCGCUAUCGUCCGCCGGUGGCGGUGAUGUCGGUAUGUCGACCGAUCUAACAUCAUUAUUUGAAUGCCCGGUGUGCUUUGACUAUGUUCUGCCACCCAUACUGCAAUGCUCCAGCGGUCACUUGGUGUGUGUAUCAUGCCGUUCCAAGCUCACCUGCUGUCCCACAUGUCGCGGCCCCCUGGCCAAUAUACGCAAUUUGGCCAUGGAGAAGGUGGCCUCGAAUGUGAAAUUCCCCUGCAAACAUUCGGGCUAUGGCUGUACCGCCUCAUUGCUUUACACGGAGAAAACCGAACAUGAAGAGACCUGCGAAUGUCGACCCUAUUUGUGCCCUUGUCCAGGUGCCUCCUGCAAAUGGCAGGGACCUCUCGAUCUAGUCAUGCAACAUCUAAUGAUGUCACACAAGAGCAUUACCACACUACAAGGAGAGGAUAUAGUAUUCUUAGCCACAGACAUUAAUUUACCCGGCGCCGUUGACUGGGUCAUGAUGCAGUCCUGUUUUGGCCAUCAUUUCAUGUUGGUUCUAGAGAAACAGGAGAAAUACGAUGGCCAUCAGCAAUUCUUUGCCAUUGUACAGCUUAUAGGGUCCCGCAAGGAGGCCGAGAAUUUCGUUUAUCGUUUGGAACUGAAUGGCAAUCGUAGACGUCUAACCUGGGAAGCUAUGCCACGUUCCAUACAUGAGGGUGUAGCCUCGGCCAUACACAAUUCCGACUGUCUGGUCUUUGACACCUCGAUUGCUCAACUCUUUGCCGACAAUGGUAAUCUGGGCAUCAAUGUUACCAUUUCAAUUGUAUAAUAACAAUAUUAAGUGAUUGUGGAAGAAUUUAAUUUAAUAAAUCAUCCAAAAAACAAAAUUGGAGAGAGAUAAAUGAGAAGUAUAUAUAUAUAUAAUUAAAUAUAAAUAUUUAAAUUUCAUGCUUGGCUCAUGGAUAAAGACACAACCAUAUACUACAUAAAUACAUAAUAUGUGCAGCAAAUAUCCAUACAUGAGUUUAUGAA